AUGUUCCCAGCUGCUGCCUGGCUGGUUUUGCUGGUGGCCCCUGCCCUCGCCUGGGCCACGGGGGACCAGAUCCAGGAGACAGCGGAGGGGGACGUUUCGAAGCUGGGCGCCUGUUUCCGAGGCUCGUCUGUGGAAGCUGGGGGGCUGAAUUUGGGGCAGAGGUGGGGAGACCCCACACCAACCGCCUCGCUGCUCAUUGACUUGCGGACGGUAACCAGUGCAGCGUCCUCCUUCGACUUCCGGACCUUCGAUCCGGAAGGGGUGAUCUUCUACGGGGACACCAGCCCCAGCAUCGACUGGUUCGUCCUCGCUUUGCGUCAGGGGAAACCGAUCAUGCAGAUCCAUAACACCCUCACCAACAUCACCGUCUCCGGGGGGCGGCACCUCGAUGAUGGCCAGUGGCAUCGGAUCACGGUGAAGAAUGAAGGACACUUUGUGAUGUUGUUGGUCGACGGAGAUGACCAACUCACCCUCAGCCAUGUCUUCCACCCGAUUGUGAACCAGCCCACCCCUCAGAUGCGCAUCGGAGUAGGCGGCUUGUUCAUCUUGCCAAACGAAUUGCUGGUCCCGGUAAGAUGGAUUCUUCUCCCUCCCCUGGUGUCUGUGCCCCAAGACCAAAAAACAGCUCCCAAACUUGAGAAACCCUGCCCUAAAGUAAACCAGAACAAUUUUAUUCCUCUUGGUUUUAUUCGCACAACAACCCUGCAAGUGCCAAGGACCCCUUCCCUGUGGGGUGGGGGGAGCCAUAGAAGGUGCACUCAACCCUACCACCCCCACCCCCUAACCUGGUUUGUGGUCUCUCCUCCCAUCCAGGAUCUGAUGGCCGAAUUAGGUAACCAGACGGUUCUCCUGCUCCCUCUCCCCGAGGGGGGCUGCCUGGACACCCCCCUCCUCCUCCGCCUCACCCCCUCUUCCUUCACGCUGCUUCUGGGCAACACCGAGAUCUCUAAGCCCACCCCCAAGGCUGAGUUCGAGAGCCUGCAGCAGCUCUGGCUGAGCAACAUGGGAAGCCUGGUCAUUGGGGGCGAAUCUGGAGAGGAAAAAUCUCAGGAGGGUCAUUUCUUCCAGGGCUGCCUCAGCGCGAUCCGGGUUCAAGGCCACGAACUGGACUUUGAUGAGGCUCAGUACCGGAGCAAUUCAAUCUUGGCGCACAGCUGCCCUGGGAGUGUGGAAGGCAAAGUCAACAGGGACAAUGGGCGUUAAAAGGAGGGCGGUGCUACUGCAUGCCCACGUACACCUGGACAAUCUCCCAACACCUGGGCAUGCAUGUCUUUCGUCUCCCCUUGCCCUCCAUGAACAUGUGCGGCGAUGACUUUAAGUUCCCGUAGCCACAACAUUUGGGCAGGGGUGUGUGAUUGUUGAUUGUGUGGCUGCUGAACGGCAUGGGUGCCAAGCCAGCUUGUGGUUGUGUUUGACGGACAAUUGUGGGAAUUGUUAGUGAAGGUAAUCUCCUAUGGACUCCCAAGUUUACUUGGCAACUUGCAGAAUUAAGUAUCUCCUUUUUUGUAUCCACGAAUGUUUGUCGACCGUGGGAACUUUAAGAUGGGUGGACUUCAACUCCCAGAAUCCCCCAGCCAGCAUUUCAGUUUCCCAUUUAAUUCGAAUAUAUCAGUUUUCCAUUUAAUUGUCACGCCAUCUCGCUUACCUUCAAAUUGUUUACUAAUGUAGCUUGUUGUGAGUUUUUUUUCUCACUUUUCUGAAGUCAAGGUAUAUUAUAUCGACCACAUUCCCACCGUCUAUUAAGAAAGUUAUCUAAUUUUAAAAAAACAAUAAAGGUAGUGUGUAGACACAAUUUUUAAUUGUCCUAUUUUAAAU